GUGAGACGUCCCGAGGGGGCAUCCGUCCGACCGGUUUGACUUGGAAGGGCGACGCUCAGGGCUUCCUAUAAAGAGUGCACUCAGCACGGGCGCCGCGAGACAGCCGCCGCGAGCCAUGGAGUCCCGCCCCGAUGUGAUCUCCUACCGGAUGGCCAUCAACGCACUGCUCAUUGGAUGUACUCUUCUGCUACCACUGGUCGCAUCGCAGUCAUGCGGAGUCAGCCUCCUAAACGAGAAAAACAUCGAGAGGAUCGUGGGUGGACAGCCAGCUGAUCCUGGAGAGUGGCCGUGGCAGGUGUCACUUCGUAAAGUGGGCCGAGAUGGAAGAACGAGACACUUCUGCGGUGGCGCUCUCAUCAGCGACCAGUGGGUGGCUACCGCUGCGCAUUGCGUUGUAACGCAACUAGGUACGGUGAUCAGUCCCGCUAGGACCAUCAAGGUCCGUGUAGGAGAACAUGACCAGAACACUCUCGAUGGUCAAGAGAUUCAGGUGGAUUCUCGACAGAUCUUCAAGUACCACAGCUACCAGGGCUACAACAAUGACAUUGCCCUCAUUAAACUGGCCAAGCGUGUACGCCUCAGCAGUCGAGUGAAGCCCAUCUGUCUUCCCAAUAGCGGAGAAGUUUUCGAAGGACAAAACUGUGUCUCUACUGGAUGGGGAGCCACUACUUCAGGAGGAGGAGCUCCCUCUUCGGUGCUGCGUGAAGUCAGCGUGCCAGUGUACUCGAACAACGUUUGCUCUGGACCGUAUGCCCGGAAGUUCCGCAUAACCAUCCAGAAUUGGCACCUAUGUGCCGGAGCUCUUGAAGGUGGCCGGGGAUCUUGCUACGGCGAUUCCGGAGGCCCCUUCCAAUGUAAGCGACCAGACGGCAGCUGGGUUCUGGCUGGCUUGGUAUCCUUCGGUUCUGGCUGUGCUCAUCGAGACUACCCCGAUGUCUACACUAGGGUGACACAGUUUCUCCCCUGGAUAAGUCAAACCAUGUCGGCCAGUCGUGGAUAAGACGACGCCUCAUCAUUUAAAGUGCCAAGAUGAACUUUUUCCUCGUGCUUCUACCAUGACCGCGUGCUGCACCAGGCAGGAGUACUCAGCAUCGUUUCCAUAGUCAUUCGCUCGCUUGUUGACUGUCUUAGUCCUUUUUUUUUUUUUUUUUGCUGAUUAUACUUUAUGGUGUAACGCACCAUGGGCAUUUAAGCCACCUCUUCCCUGAAUGAUCUCUAUGAGUGAAUACGUCGUCAAUCAAGGUGCUUCUUGUACUUCUUCACCAGCUGUUGGCUUAAAGACACUAUGAACUUUCCCGAACACGGUUCUGCCUGUCGAGAAACUACACCAGAAAAUUUUCUACCCACUGAAGUGGCCCAAUGCACGCUUCAAAUCGUCUCUCAUCCACGUCCCUCCUCCCUCUCGUGUUCGUCCUCUCGCUUCUUGGUGCGUGAUUCUGGCGAACGCUUUUACGUUCGCUUUGCACACGGCUCGCAGAAAGGAGCGUCAACCAAUCAUGAGCGUACCAUGAGGUGAGCGGUGACGUUUCGGUGACGUAACCGGGCACAGCGGUAACAGGGAAAAGGUUAUUUGGGAACAGGGAAAAGGUUACUCCUCCUGUCGUUCGCCGUUGCGCGUCGCCAGGUGUAUCAGCUUCGUAUAACUUCCGGACUGCGUUUAAAUUCUCUCGUGAGAAAACCGUUCCAUUGCCGAACAUACCUACUGGGUCCUGUGUUCAGGAACGUAUCUUGUGUAAAAUAAAAACCAGAGAAAAUCGUUUCAUAGUUCCUUUAACAGAGACCGAGAAGUUGCGCUGAGCAUAAGUCGUCAAGAAAUCCAUUUAUCUGCCACGGGACAUCAUCGUACAUUCCUCCUUGCCAUAAUCGCACAGUACGCGGCCAAGUUAACUUAAUCACCUGCACAAUUAAAAUGGCUUUAAUUUCGUCUAGUUCCGUAGUCUCACCUUCCUGUCGUCAGAGUGCUUUUGUACUCGUUAACUCAGUAAUUCUACUUCCUUCCGUUAAGUAAAUCCGUUUGCUACCCUUAGUCUUAACUUAACGGUAAUGCACGUGUACGCUUGGAUUACUGGGCUUCUACCGCCUUCAUCCACACUGAUAUUCAGCACUCGUUUUCUUCUCUCUGUUCAUUCUCUCUCGCUCUUUCUCUCUAAUUAACAUUGCGUAAAAAAUAUGCAUUUCCGAGAAUGAACAGGUGCCUUGUCUAAUGGUGUUCUCGUUUUCAGUGAUGGCCGCCUGUUUCGAAUCAUUACCUCCUCUUUAUUACUGUACGUCUGAACAAAACAUUAGAAGCAAAGUAAGUUUUUUUUUUGUCUGUUCAUGUGAUGGAAUAAAGCAACCCAGAAAGCUCGGUAAAUGGU